CGUUCCGCCGGCAUGGAGUCCCCCGGCGGCGGGCCGGGUCCCGAGGAGCCGCCCGGCGCCGGUUGCCCGGCGCUGCGGAGCCUGCCUCCCGGGCUGGCGCUCGGACCGUCGCUAUCCGGGGUUCGGGGCGCGGGCGUGUGGUGCGUGGGCCGGGCCCUGCCGGCCGGGGCGCUGCUGGGGCCGCCCGGCGGGGCCGGGGAGGAGGCGGCGGGGCCGGGGUGGAGGAGCCUGGUGCGGCGGAGCCCGAAGGAGGCGGAGGCCAACGUGGCGCUGGGCCGGGCGGGCGGCCGGUUGGAGCUGCGGGUGCGGCGGCCCAUCCCGGCGGGCGCGGAGCUGCUCUACUGGCCCGAGGAGACCCGCGGGGCCGCUGCCGGAGGAACGGCGGCCGAGCCCCUGGCAGGGGAUCCCGAUGUCUCCAGGACGGUGGCUGAUGAAACCGCGGUCCUUGAUGUCCCUACUGAGGUUAGCAGGCCGGCUGCCAAACGUUUCCACAGGCUGCAAGAAGAGGAAAGCACAGCUUCCGAACAUCAGCCAUGGCAAGCCAAGGCGGCGAGGACUGAGAAUCAGCACCUCGAGACCAUCUCAACCGCUAAGGCCAAUGGCGGGUGCGAGGAAGAAUUGGACGAGGGUGUGGAUCCCGGAUCUGCAGCAGAAAAAGUGGAGAUGGGGCAUAAAGAGGCAUGUCCAGGAGACCUGGAUCUGUCGUUGCCCUCAAGCGGGGUUCGACUCACUGCUCGCUUGGUUGCCAAGCCGUGCAAGGUGCAUGCUCUGACCAGCCAGCUCCAGGAGUGCCUGCAGGACUGUGGUGGCAGGACAGCUGGGCAGGAUUCCCAGCAGCCCAGUCCUUCUGAAGGAGAGAGUGUAGAAACUUGUGAGAAAGAGAGCAAAGCUUCCAAAGACUCCAGACUGGCAUCCCCAGAGCAUGGGGGAAAGGGCCCACUGGAGGGGCCUGAGGGGCAGGAGGAGUAUACAGAGCUGGUGGAGGGUCAUUCUGGCAGCCCAGGCCCCCCACCAAAAGCUCUAUCCCAGAAGGAGAUGAUCAAGCGCAGGUACCGCUGCGGGGAGUGUGGUAAAGCCUUCCUGCAGCUCUGCCACCUCAAGAAGCACCGCUUCGUCCAUGCUGGCCACAAACCCUUCCUGUGCACGGAGUGUGGCAAGAGCUAUAGUUCAGAGGAGAGCUUCAAGGCCCACGUGUUGGCCCACCGGGGUGUGCGGCCUUUCCAGUGCACCCAGUGUGACAAGGCUUACCGCACCAAACGAGACUUGCAGGAACACCAGGUCCUGCACACCGGCCAGCGCCCCUUCUCCUGCGAGCAGUGUGGCAAGGCCUUCGCGCGCCGGCCCUCUCUCCGCAUUCACAGGAAGAUCCACCUGGCCACUGGGACUGGCCCAACUAGUCCCAAAGGAUGCCAGUGUGCCAUAUGCGGACGCCGCUUGGCCAACCCCGGCUCCUUGCGCAAUCACAUGCGCCUGCACACGGGGGAGCGCCCUUACGCCUGUCCUUACUGCGGCAAGGACUUCCGACAGCAGAGCAACCUGCGCGAGCACCUCCGGCUGCACACGGGUGAGAAGCCCUACAAGUGCCGCUUCUGCGGCGACGCUUUCCCCAAGCUGCCGGAGCUGCGGCGACACCUCAUCUCCCACACGGGUGAGGCCCACCUGUGCACCGUGUGCGGCAAGGCGCUGCGGGACCCCCACACGCUGCGCGCCCACGAGCGCUCGCACGCAGGCGAGCGCCCUUUCCGCUGCGAGCAGUGCGGCAAGUCCUACACCCUGGCCACGAAGCUGCGGCGCCAUCAGAAAUCCCACCUGGCUGGCAAGCCCUACAAAUGCGAGCUCUGUGGCAUGGGCUACACCCUUCCCCAGAGCCUCGCGCGCCACGUGCUCACCCACAAGGCGGAAAAGGACCCGGAGGAACUCGCCACGGCAGUGGCCUCGCUCACUGUGGACCUACCCCAGGCAGCAAGGAAAAAGCCUCAGAGGAAGGGCCGCCAGGAGGAGGUUGCGGCAGAGCCCGCCUUGCUCGUGGUGGCGGUGCCGGGGCCAGCAAAUGAGGCUGAGCUGCUGAUCACAGCUAGCGGUCACUGCGUUGCUACUUACCAGUCUCGAGGCAGCCCCCCGGAUCCUGGUGCCCACAGGAGGCCUCCUGGGCAUCUGCUGUCGGCAAAGGACAUCAUUGAAAUCACCAUCUCCAAGCAUGAGGACAAAUGCAUUAUAGUCCAGGAUGAGGGCUCGCCGAGUGACAUGGUCAUCAUCCAGGAGGGGGUGGGCUUCGGAGCAGUGGCAGAAGUGGUGGAGGUCGAGUCUGGGACCUGACUAUCCCAGCCUGCCCUGGCUGAUCUUCUUCUGUACUUAUUAAAGUGGGGUAAAAAAAACAACAAAAAACCUAGCUCUUUCAUCUCUCUGUGGCAACAAGGCCCUGUGGCUCAGCCCCAGGCAGAAUUAGCAGUCUUGGAGGUAACUGCCUGGGUAGACCUGGGUCUUUUCGGUAGCUGCUCCUUGGAGCUACGAGCCGGGCCUGGUGCAGGGAAGGCAUUGGCUCUUGGCUGUUGAUGGGAAUAACUUCUUAGAGAAGACACCCACAGCGUUAAUGAGCAGUGCUUCUGCUCUGCCUCUGUUACGCUGUCAGCAGGUGACAGCGCACCAUGGGGAAGACAGGAAAAGUCUCAAAGCAAUGGCUUUGAACAAUGCCUUCCUUUCAGGUUUUUCUUUCUCUAAUUAAUUGUUGCUAUUCAAGCACUUUCCUGGGCUUCUACUUUUGGAGCGCAGCAGCACUUCUGAUCAUUUGAAGGUGAUGCUGAUGCCAGACAUUGCUGGGAAGCAGCUUCCCAAGUGUUUACAAGGUGUCUCUGUUGCGGGUUUUUUGAAGAACGUUUUUCACAAUUAGCAGGAGCAAAGUCCUGCCUUGGAGCUAGGGCUGAGCAUUCCUUCUCCACUGUCACCUGUUUUGCUUGCUGCCGGCUUCCUGGCCUUACAGUAACUGGAUGAUCUGUCUGAGGACAUGGAAGGAUAGCUUUGUGUCUCGCUGUGCGAAGAGCAUUGUACAGUGCAUUUUCACUGUCCCCAGCUGAGAGGCUCCUUCCCUCUCCAGGUAAGGGUUCAGCAGUUCACCUCAGCAUGUUCAGAAGAUUUUGCCUUUCCCCUCCAUGUUCAAGCUGGGUUCAUUAAUCUGUUUCCCUUGUUCUUUUUCUCACAUUCUUGCUUCCUCUCUUCCACUUCUUUCCUGCUCCUGCACCGAAAAGCUAAAAGACAGCACCACCACAACUACACCCCAGUAUUCCCGCUGCUCCAUCUUCAGUGCUCAUUUGCCGACUGAGACACACUGAAGGAAAUUGGUCCCAUUUCAGGAAGGAUGUGCACAGUUCCCAAUGCCAUGUGAACUUGACCUCAUAGGAAGAGACUGACAAUACCAGACCUAACAGAGGUCUUUGAGACUUGCCCCAAACACUGCUUUCAUUUGCUGCGUCCUCAGUUUUAGUUACUCUUGCGCUCUGUCUUGCGCCUCUCAUCUGCAUUUCCCCAAAAAAGUUUUGUUUAGGGCCUUAAAAUUCUCUGGGCUUUUUAUGCCUACUGCACAAGAGGAGGAGGGUAUAGUGUCACCAGGGAAUCGUCAGUAGCACAGUUUUGGAGUGCUAUGAAUGCUGUAAUGUGACAAUCCGAAAAGCCGCUCUUUGCGGUUUCUACAUUCAACUUUUUCCAUAAACUUUUACAACCAGUUUGCAGACAAGGUGCUAGCGUCAGAUCCACCACACUUUGAUGUGAAGUGAGGAUGGAAGGUGAAUUCAGCUAAUAAACCUUUGGGUGUCCUUAUUCUUAGCUAUUAUUUUCUUUAAAGUCAGGGGGCAGAUGAGCCUAGUCUUUGCCCUGAGAGCUUGGAGACAGACCAGUGGGAGCACAGGCGUAUGGGGGGGAGCUUGUAUUUGAAGCGGCAGUGCUUCCUACUGCUCUCCCUUUGGUGCCUAUCCUAACUAACUGUUGCAGUUUUCAAAUAUUGACACAGCUGCAGAGUGUUUUCGCUGGAGCUGGGCUCAUGUGCUGUGUUUGAAGCGUGUGCCCUCUGUCACAGCAGAACUGGGAGAGAAGGGGAAACAACUGGGGGAAGGGGAGAAUCCAGGCCCCUAUUGCUUAAUCCACUGACCUGUGACUACCUUCUUUAUUCUGAGAUAAUAGGAGAGAAAAAGUAGGAGCAAUUAUGAAUUAGGAGGUCUUCACAGAAACAUUAUUCACCUAACAGUUGAUCUGAGUAGGUAGGGGCAGGUCUGUGCUGUGCUGUGCAUAUCCCUUGGCUGCAGCAUAAACUUAGCUAGCUAGCCUUGACUGAGGAGCCCGCAGGUGGCUCCCACUGGGCACCUGGCGACGGUGCCACCACCACGUCUUUGUCUUUAUCUUAGAAGCAGCACGUUCUUAUGUGAACAACCCUUUGCUUGACAGCAAAAUGAUGAAUAAAGUUGUUUACUCCUAAGAAAUUCCUAUAAAAGCCCUGAAGGCCACAAUGCUGGUGAACAUGGAUGGGAUCUGUGCAGUGUGCCAUGGCCUGACUAGAUAUCUGCCUGAUGCUGUACAACUUGGUGUUUGCAGCAUCUGAAGGCGUGUAGGAUUAUCUAAUGCUAUACCCUUUCUUGUGUUACGUCCAAAAAAAUGGUAUUUUAAUUAAUA